UUAUUUAUUUAAUUUUCUUUGGUUUACUUACACUUAAAUUAAAAUUAGUUUAGGACACAGAAAAAAUGAGCAACAAUGUUGGCCAAUGUGAAGAGGAACUAAAUCAAAUGCGACAACAGAUUGCUUUGGCUAAUGCCUCCGAUAUGUUGGCCAAAAUAACAAGCAAAUGCUUUCACAAGUGCAUCAAUAAGCCCGGCUCUGAGUUAGCUGGAUCAGAGCAAUCUUGUAUCGCACAGUGCAUGGAUCGUUAUCUGGAGUCCUUCAAUCUGGUCUCACGUGCCUAUGGCCAGCGUUUGCGUAGAGAGACAAGGUACAGGGGAAUGCAUUGACCAGAUCAUGGAAAAGGACUAACAAAAUUUGUGAAAAUAUAACACACGUCACACUCAUUGCAUUUAUUAAAGGUGAAAGUAAACCAA